GUAAUACUGUUUCCAUGGAACGCUAUUGACUUAAUUUCACUUCUUAUAAGUUUAUAUCAAAUACCGCUACUGACUUAAUAGUCGGUUGCUAAGCAGAUUCAAUCAUAGCUGUUCAUCAUUCUUUACCGUGCAUUUUGCCAAGUGGAAUACUCUUCCUCCGUAAAAGUUACAGGUGGUGUUAGAAUGGCGGAAGUGAGUUACAUUAGAAACCCUUAUCCCGUGCCGGAUGUAGUACGCGAAGGAGUGUGGCUACGACGACCUGUACUAGGUAAUAAAGUUUCACCCAAGGACAGGGACUGGAGUGCCAAGUUAAAAGCGCACGAACGUCUCUUUGCUCAUCAUACGCUAAAUAGUAUACGGAAAGAUAAUAGGCUUCUGAGAUCACAGGUACCAAACGACGCUCUGGAUCUGGCGCUUACAACCGUGUACAUUCACAGCAAAGAUACGUUGGUGCCCAAGAGCUACGUCCUAGUGCAACCAGAAACUUUAGGAAAGAGGACGUGGCGUGUUUUAAAAAAUCAAAUCGAGGUUUCCAAGACACCGGAUAUCCCAGUAACGGAAGAUCCCGUUUCGUUGCUUGUGAAGAGAGCAGAAUGUUAUCGUGGUCCGGUGCCAGAGAGACGAGUCCAUCCGAGUAGCGUGAAAUUAAAUAUCUCCGGACCUCACUCGGUUCAAUCUAAUCCCGGAUACAGUCGCAAAAUCGACGGAACUUUUUACAGUAUUUAAACAGUAUUUAAACACGGAUCUGUACGGUAUUUGAGAUGGAAACCCGGCAGACAAAUCUGUGCUAACAAUCGUAUUUGAGGAAAUUAAAUCAACGAUUUUAUGAUUAUCAUCGGCACUGUCGAUCGUUUCUAUAUGAUGUUUAUGAAUACGUAUCAUUUUACCGUAAUAUCGCCGAUAAAUCUAUACGGUUCGUGUGCGAUUAGCAGACUACUUCGUCUCAUACUUUGUUUUAUAUAUCUUCUUAAUUGUAGUGAAAUUUCGAAGAAAAAUUGCCACGUAAUAUUUAGAUUGUUAUACAAUGCCAAUUAUUUUAUAUACGUAUGUUUUGUUAAAUGCAACGACGCAAUAAAAAUUACAAAUUCUACGUAGAAAAGUGGGUGAUUUCAGUAAA